AUGCAGAUCCAGCAGUCAGGACAGAAGGAAAGCAGGAGUGGUGAUGGACUAAAGACAUCCUUGCAACCCUCAGUGACAGGUAGAGACCCCAUGUCAGAAGGGAUGAGAGUUGAGAUCCCAGGUCAGGAGGGAGAGCAGUCUGGAACCCUACCUGAAGGAAGUGGAGUGGAACUGCAGCAUUUUGUCAGUGCAGCCCAUGCAGGGCUGUCUGAGAUAGAUCUACUAAUUGCAAUAAUUUUCCUGACUGCGUUGCUACACCAGUCUAAUGGACAGGGUUUUCAGUAUAACCAAAUGAACUUUGCCUCCUUUCCUAGUUACAAGAUUCAUAACAAAAUACGGAUCCUUGAGGAGCACAGUGAAAUAUGAAGAUCUGUAAUUCCCAUGGCCAGAAACAUGCUGAAGAUGAUGUGGAAAGAUAAAGCUGCCAGAAAUGCUCAGCAAUGGGCAAAUAAGUGUGAGGUGAAAAGCAGUCCAAGGGAUAUGAGAGUCAUUAAUGAUGCCACCUACAGUGAGAAAGUGUUACUCUUAUCUAACCCCAAAAUGUGGGCUGAAGUAAUCCAAGUCUGGAAAAGUCUGACUGUCAAUUUCAGGUAUAGAGUUGGAGCAACCACAAAAAAGGCCAAAAUUGAGAGCUAUACUCUGCUAAUCUGGUACAACAGUUACAGGAUCAGAUGUGGAGUUGUCUACUGUCCUAAGAACCAGUUUAACUGCUUUUAUGUUUGCCAGUACUGUCCCUCAUAUGUAUUAGGAGAUCAUGAAAUGCAGUUAGCUACACUUUACAAAACUGGACCACAAUAUGCAGACUGUCCUGGCCACUGAAGAGGGCUUUGCAGUAAUCGUUGUCCAUAUGAAGACACUUUUGUAAACUGCAAAAAUCUGAAGUCCUUGUUUGGCUGUAACCAUCCAGUGGUGAGGGAGAAGUGUCCUGCUACAUGUAAAUGCACCACUCAAAUCAUGUAA